CCACCAGCCCCCCCCCGCCGGCAGCCGCCCCGGGCCGCGCCGCCUUAAGGAGCGAGGGGGGCCGCCGAGUGCCCGUCCCACCUGGUGCCCGUCCAACUCUCCCUCCUUCCCCCCGGCUUUCUCCUUUCCCAAUGAGCUCCGGCGGGCUGGGGGAGGAGCGGGGGACGGAGUAAACUUUGCCCCUGAGCUGCCGCCGCUGCCAGCCCUCCGGACCGUGAGUGCGCGCGGGGGGCACCCGCCCCGGCCCCGCAGCGCCAGGCUGCCCUCCGCCCGCUGCAGCCUCCCCUCCCCGCCUGCCUCCUCCACAUCUCGCACAGUGCGAUGUAGGGGCUUGUCCUUAUUUUUUUUAUAUUAUUUCUCGACGAAGAUGGUUUAAUUUUAUUUUUUUAAAUGCAUUCCUAUUAUUUAUUAAUCCCACCCCACCGUAAGCCUGCCCAGCCUUCCGCUGGCUGGGCCAGAGCGUAAAGCCUGGGACCGCACCUGGGGCGAUGAGCCCCGCACUGAAGAAGCCUCCCAGAGGGAUGCGCCGGGGCCGCGCAGCAGCCUAGAGCCGAGCCCGAAGCUCACAGCGCCGGCGGUCCCCGCUCCCUCGUCCCCUCCGCCCGCCUCUGCCGCUCCCCGACCUCGCGGGACCCCGGACCCGAGCCUGCGCCGCGCUCCGGAGAGCUCCGCCGGGGGGAGAGCCCCGAGCCCGAGGAGAGACGGGGCGGCCGUGCUAGAUGCAUGGGGGAGGGCUCCGCUUAAUGCAAGUUCUGGGCUCCUGCAGGGACCCCGACAACUGUCAGCAGCAGCAGCAGCAGCAGCAACUCGGGGCCUCCUCCUCCGCUUCCUCAGCGAUGCUUUUCCACAGCCUGUCCGGCUCGGAGAUGCACGGGGUCAUCGACGAGAUGGAUCGGAGAACCAAAAGCGAAGCACCGGCCAUCAGCUCCGCUAUAGACAGGGGAGAGACCGAAACGCAGAGCAUGCCGUCCAUCAGCAGUGACCGCGCUGCCCUGUGCGCCGGCUGCGGGGGGAAGAUCUCGGACCGCUACUACCUGCUGGCCGUGGACAAGCAGUGGCACAUGCGCUGCCUCAAGUGCUGCGAGUGCAAGCUCAACCUGGAGUCCGAGCUCACCUGCUUCAGCAAGGACGGCAGCAUUUACUGCAAGGAGGAUUACUACAGGAGGUUUUCGGUGCAGAGAUGCGCGAGGUGUCACCUGGGGAUUUCUGCCUCCGAAAUGGUCAUGAGGGCCAGGGAUUUGGUAUAUCACUUAAACUGCUUCACUUGCACCACCUGCAACAAGAUGCUGACCACCGGCGACCACUUUGGCAUGAAGGACAAUCUGGUGUACUGCCGCCUCCAUUUCGAGACUCUCAUCCAGGGGGAGUACCAGGUGCAUUUCAAUCACUCGGAUGUAGCCGCUGGGAAGGGCCCAGCACUGGGAGCGGGCUCUGCCAGUACUUUGGGACUGCCUUAUUACAACGGCGUGGGGACUGUCCAGAAGGGGAGACCCAGGAAAAGGAAGAGCCCGGGGCCUGGGGCAGACCUGGCAGCGUACAACGCAGCUUUAAGCUGCAAUGAAAACGAUGGUGACCACCUGGAUAGAGACCAGCAAUACCCCAGCAAUCAGAAAACAAAGCGUAUGAGGACAUCAUUCAAACACCACCAGUUGCGGACAAUGAAGUCAUACUUUGCUAUUAACCACAAUCCUGAUGCCAAGGACUUGAAACAGCUAGCUCAGAAAACCGGCCUGACCAAAAGAGUUCUUCAGGUUUGGUUUCAAAAUGCUCGAGCCAAAUUCAGACGGAACCUCUUACGUCAAGAAAACACAGGGGUGGAUAAGACUUCAGAUUCAACACUCCAAGCAGGGACCCCAUCAGGUCCUGCAUCAGAAAUAUCCAAUGCCUCCAUGAGUCCAUCCAGCACUCCCACUACUUUAACGGACUUGACUAAUCCUACCAUGCCUACUGUGACAUCUGUCUUGACGUCAGUGCCCGGAAGUCUUGAGGUUCAUGAAUCUCGAAGUCCUUCACAGACAACUCUUACAAACCUUUUCUGAUGACUCUUUCUUAAUAAUUUCUUUGAAAAAGAAAUUAUUCUUAGUUGAAAUUCCAAGUGUAUUUUAAUAGAGGCUUUGAGCAACUGACUAACCACAAUUAGGAUCUCUCCUAAAAAAAAAAAAAAAAAAAAAAAAAAAGAAAAAAAAAAGAAGGAAAUGUAGUGUUCUGGUAUUACGGAGUGUGGACUGAAGAAUAACUUGGAAGAUCUAUUGCAACACAACAUUUGUGUAACUGUACAGUUUUGUGGACUGAGCAAGGGAAACAGCAAUUAAUUUAAGUUGGCUAAAGCUUCUGUAUUUUCAAAGACUGCCAUGUGCCUUAUAUACUGUUUUAUCUACAUACUUUGGAUUCCAUGUCCACUUCUCUUUUUCUCUCUGUAUAUUUAUGACCAGGGCAAAAAUGUCAAGAGUUUGUUACUUUGAAUAGUCCUAAGCCUUUCAUUGGUUGCUUUGUUGUUUUAGAAUUUUAAGGUCGAAGUCUGUUCGAAUACCAGAAUUUGUAAAAUCUAACCAGUAAUAAAACCACUUAUGGAAACUACUUGGUAAUGGCUGCAGUUACAUUUAACAUGAGCUUCACAAUCAAGAUAGGCUGAUUGUAUUUAAAAGGAUUAGAAAAUUGCACUUCAAACACGGUAUCUGCCUAGGAUAAACUCUAAAUAGGAUGUAUACAUUCCUCUUGUUCCUGAAGUCUGUAUGGGUGAGAAGUCCACCCCGUACAACCGUCUAGGUAUAUGCAGUAUAGAGAAAUAAAUGUUAGUUGCAGAUAGAAAUUAUCAGAUGAGGUUAAAGUUAAAACAGGCAAAAUAUACUUAAUUUUGUUGUGUGAAAGAAACUUGACUUCAGCCAGCAUUUAUGAAAACAAUCUUGCUUUUGUGCAAGAGAUAGCUUGUCCUAUUGCACGGAGGAGGCAAGCUAGGUAUCCGACAGCCAUGUGGCCAGAAACGGUCUGCUACAGAGGUGAACACUGGGUAAUACUUUCCCUAGGAAGAAGACAGAAGUAUUUCAGGUUAUUUUACGAUAUUGGUGGGCAAAAUGAGGCAAAAUUAUGUCUUACAGAGUCACAGCCUUACAUUUUUUGUAAUGCUUUGAGGGAAUAGAAAGCCAAGGAAGAAUAUGAUAUUAUCAAUACUAAAAGAGUGGAUAUUCCUUUAACUAUUGCGGACCUUUCAAUAAAACUGAAUUCCUUCUCCAGAAAAAAAAAAAAAAAGUGCAGAAUAUAAUUCAUAUUUUGAGUUCUUUUUCCUAUUGUUUUUAAAGAUAUUUUUUCUGUAAUUAAAGAAAUACCUCAGCAAAGUUUAAAUAUGUAUAAGAAUGAGUACACACUAUGCUGUUUGCCCAGUAGUUUUAUAGAUUUUGAGUGGUACAUAACAUGCAUAUGGUUGUUCCUUUUCAAACCUGUUACAAUCAUUUUGUUUCAGUCAAACUCUAGGUUGUAUGUGGCUAGCUCUCUGAAGCUAAUCUGUCAUUCCCAUUGGAUCAAAAUUGCUAAAAGAUUUUCCAAAUAAACAGCAAGUUAUGUGCUAAGAUUUGUGUUCUUUGCCCUUUUCAGAGCAUUGAAGAUAAUUUAUUAGGCCAGACUUUUUGGUAACAAUGUUUUGGUUUUAAAAGCACUAUAUUUAUUCAGCUUUCUCAACUGAAAAUUUGCCAUUCUCAUGCAAGCCAAAUUUCUUCUGAGCUCAGUGAGAAAUCUCAGAGAAUGAGGACUGUGGGAUAGAAAUGCUGACAUAAUUAGGUCAUUUAUUAACCUUUUUUUUUUCCACAGUUCUGCUUAAAAAAAUACAGGUGAGUUAUCUGAAAAGCAAGAUAGUCUGAAAAAUCAUAACUAGCUUAGAUCUGUGAAAGAGAUUACGCUCCGGUCUCCAAAACCAAUAGACUAGCAUAGUUCUUUAUGUUUAUUCACAAUGAUGAAACAUUUGAAAAAAUGAAUUCAGGUUUAAUUAAUAGCCUUUACAGAUAUAUCCGAGACAUUUUUUCCUCAUAUUAUAAAUGUCUAAUAAGUAAAUUGUACUGGUUAGUGGACUGUAAAAGAGUACGUAUCUGCCUUUCACAGGCAUUCAGACACCGGUUCUGCUGUAUGUAAUGUUUUGCUCAUUGUCAGCUACCUUGGAGAUUGGAUUUUUUUGACAUGCUUUGCUGUAUCUUUUCUUGAUUUAAAAGGCAAUGUUGGUCCAAUGUUAAAAGGAUACAGCCCAUAAUUAGAAACCCUGUGUAUUAACCUGUAAGAAGUUUUAAAAAACAGAAUCUUGAAUUCGUAAGUGUUACAGCAAAUGUAGCGCAAAUGGUUCUUAUUUGUGAUCUUGUAUUUUAACUACCUGAAUCCACAUGGAUGGAAAUACCUUUCAGAACAACUCUCGAUAUUGCCUUUUCAAAUAACUGAAAUUUAUGAAGGGGAAUAAUCUAGUGUUAAUAUUAUCUGAAACCUAUAAGAGACAAUUAGAUAAUUGUCUGGUUUAAUCAAAUCAGGGAUUUUGCAUAUAAAUAAGAGACAAUAUUCUAUGUAGGGUCUUUAUGUAGGUACAUUAGGAUUCACUCACUGGCUCCAAUGACCUAUGUUGUCCCCAUGAUUGUUUCAAUCCUGUGGUAUUGUUUGGUUGUUUAGAGCUUGUUGGUUUUGAAUGCUGUACAUUUUUUUACUACUGCAAUCCUAAUGUUUCUUCACAUACUUGUACAGUUCCACAUUUGAUGUAUUAGUCUGAAAUUCUGUUAAAAACAUGAACAAAAAUGGAAA